AUGACUUCAGCCUCCAACAAGAAUACUUUUAUAUACCAGCAGGUGGAUGCUUUUGAAGGGCAGCUCAGGGAAUUUACAAAUUCAAUUCAGCAGUAUGAGCCAAGCGUUGAGGUUGCGGCCAAACUGGUGGCAACUAUGGACACGAUCAACGAUGAAUUGACGCAGCUUGAAAGAUUACAUGAAUUGAAACGAAACCAGGUAUUUGAACAGAGCAAAGAGAAUCUACGAUUAAACGACGGAAUGAGGAAUAUGCUUACAUCACUGAUAGAAUGUCGAAAAGAAUUAAAUGAUUUACCCAAGUUAAGCACUCAUGAGCAAUUGCAGUUGGAGAAUUCUGACGAGGCCAGGAAACCGAAGCUGGAUGCCGUGAAAGAACUUGUGGCAUAUGCCAUGAAACUUGCCAAAUUCUCCAAAAUUCCGCGCACAUUUGAUGGCUUCCUAUUGCCAAAUAAUUUUAUCUGGCCCGGUGAUGAUAAUAUGAGACGAGGAAUGCUCGCGACAGCGUCUCUGAUGCCAGAAAAAAUCGUACGGUACGAAAAUGGUGAACCGGAUGAACAAGAGGAUAUUCAAAUGAAAGACACUGAGGAAACACAAAAACCAGAAGUUGAGGAUGAUGAUGAAUUUGUUCCUGAACGUCGCAAUAGCUUCAAAACCUCUGCUAGCCCUGAGAAGAAGGACGCAGCCGAGAUUAUGGCUGGCAUUGACCUUUUUGAUGAAAGCGACGAUGAUUGA